UUUAGAAAAGCUGUUGCAGAUUAUGCUGUAGAGUAUAGAAGGCAAGUGAAGUUAAAACCUAAUGAAAAACAUAGAAUAAGGGUGAAAUGCAUUGCAGCUAAUUGCAACUGGUUGCUAUUUGCUUCUACUAAUAGGGAUUCAGGUGAUUUUAUUGUUAAGAACUAUAACCCUAUUCACAAAUGUAUACCUCUAAACAAGAACAAGAUAUGUGAUUCAAAGCUGGUUGCUAGAAAGUUCAAGGACAGAAUAGUUUCUCAAUUAUACAUUAGGAUUUGGGAAAUUCAGGAUUUAGUAAGAGAGGUGUUGGGUCUUUAUGUAGGUAAAACUAUUUGUUAUAGGGCUAAACAGAUUGUUAUAAGGGCGAAUAUGAGAGAUUGGAAGCUAGAAUUUGCCAGAUUAUGUGACUAUACAGAUAUGAUCAAGACAACAAAUCCUGGAAGUUCUUGUUGGAUAAAAAUUGACAAAGAAACUGAAUCAGGAAAGAACCUCUUUGUAUAUUUCUAUGUGUGCUUUCAUGCCUUCAAGCAAGGAUGGUUAGAUGGAUGUAGAAAAAUUAUUGGUUUUGAUGGAUGCUUUCUCAAAGGAGCUUGUAAGGGUGAGUUGUUGGUUGCUGUGGGGAAAAAUGGCAACAACCAAAUAUAUCCUAUUGUAUGGGCAGUUGUGGAUACUGAAACAAAACAUAGCUGGGACUGGUUCUUAAGGUAUCUAAUUGCAGAUCUAAAUCUGAGAACUGGUGAAGGCUUUACUGUAAUAUCAGACCAACAAAAGGGUCUUGUUCCUGUUUUGAUGUAUUUGCUACCAAAUGCUGAGAGAAGAAUAUGUGCUAGACAUAUUUGGAGCAAUUGGCAUGUGCACUGGAGAGGAGAAGAGAGAAGAAAAUAG